ACUGGCAUUCCUCAAAACAGGAAAAACCAUGUCUAUGGGAAAAACAUACAUGCCACAGUAGCAUCCUGUGAUUUGGAUUCUUAUACAGAGUACACUAGUGAGGAAAACCUGAGGAGAAAAAAUAGCAUGCGUCUUUUCUGACUAGGUUUGUUCUCAGGUUCACUAUGGUGCUCUGUCUGUGGCUUGUUGUGAUGGUCACGGCAUCCUGCUGGGGCCAGGGGCCAGUGGACACAGGGGACGGUGGUGUUUUCCAGCCUCAGAGUGCCCUCACCGACAUGGAGUUUGCCACUGUGAGCACCUACCGCGGCCCUGGAAACAACGACCCUCGCCCCAACAAUGAGCUGCCUAUCCUUCUGUGGUGGAGCUCAAAUCUGUUCCCACACUUCCCGGGAGACAAGGAGCGUGUGGACUGUGCCCGUUCCUCUUGCAUGGUCACUCGCAACCGUAAAGUCCAGCUGUAUCGCCGCACAGCGUCCAUCAUCUUCUACGGCACAGACUUCAGAGCGUAUGAAGCUCCCCUUCCACGUAUGCCGCAUCAAACCUGGGCUCUGUUCCACGAAGAAUCACCCAUGAAUAACUAUCUCCUCUCUCAUAGUGUUGGCAUCAGAUUGUUUAACUACACGGCUACAUUCAGGAGGGAGUCAGACUAUCCGUUAACCCUGCAGUGGCUGCCCUCACUGGAUUAUCUUUUAACGCCGACUGCAGUCUCUCUACAGGAGAAGAACCGCUGGAGACGUGCCGGUCUGGCACCAGUGCUCUACAUGCAGUCCCAUUGCGAUGUGCCUUCAGACCGGGACCGUUACGUUCAAGAGCUGAUGAAAUAUAUAGAGAUUGACUCAUAUGGGAAGUGUCUCAACAACAAACCCCUGCCGGAGCACCUGCAAGACACCAGCACAGCCACAGGUGAGGAUCGACGCUUCAUGACCUUCGUCUCCCGGUAUAAGUUCCAUCUCGCCCUGGAGAACGGCCUGUGCCCGGACUACAUGACUGAGAAGCUCUGGAGGCCCCUUCAUCAGGGCUGUGUGCCCAUAUAUAGGGGCUCGUACUCAGUGAUCGACUGGCUGCCAAACAACCAGUCUGCCAUUCUCAUAGACGAUUUCCCCUCCCCACGAGAGCUGGCCGGGUUCAUAAACACUCUGGAUGAAGACGACACAGAGUACUUGCGAUAUCUAGAGUAUAAAACACCCAGCAAGAUCACCAACCUGCGUCUUUUGGAGGGGUUGAAGAGUAGAGAAUGGGGUGUUAAUGAUAUGAGUAAACCCAACUAUCUGAACGGGUUUGAGUGUUUCGUGUGCAAUCGAGAGAAUGAGCGCCUCACAGCCGUGAAAGCACACAAGAGGAACCCUAAACAGAAUUCACUCCCCCAACCAAAGAUGGCCGACAACUCACACAUGGGAUGCCCACUCCCCAUCCCUGGAUACGGACCUGUUGAAAGCAUUGAUCCCGAUGACAGCUGGCUCCAGAUGUGGCCGCAGGAUUACUGGCAGAGUCUGGAUCAGGCAGAAGGUUUGGAGUCUCUUAUCAGGCAUAACGCGUCAGACCCGUCACUACUGUGGCAGCACAUACAGAACAUCGCUGUGAGGAAAGCCAGAGGCCAAUGAGAUGAAACUACCGUCGUGUAGAGAGAUGCCUUACCAUUAACCUAAGGAAACAUCUCGGAUCAGGACAUCCUCACUGACAGCUAAAGACUACCAAAUGACAAUCAUUACCAAAAUUUUUUAAAUCUACCCAUUGGUAUCCAACUGCGAUCAAAGGCUCGCAUUAUUUACUGAACACAAUAACAAUCUUCUCUUGAAAUCAGACUAUAAAUGCGUCACGCUCAACUAUGGAUAAUUAUAUCACGCAUUCAUAUUGAAUGCUGUUGAGCUUUAUGUUACUCUGAAGGCUUCAGCUGGCAUUUAGCUUUUCACAACCACUCAGGCCACUUGUUUACAGCUCGUCACAGAAGAGUUCAUCGUGGAAUGUCGCUGCAGCUUUGAUAAGUGAAUCAUUUCUAUUUUUAGGCAUGAAAUUUGAUCUGACAUAAACAUGUACUGGUCACAUUUCAUGCAAAAUAUCUAAAGAAAAAAAAUAAUUGUGCAUAGGACUUUUAUGACGUUUUGCAUUAGGUCAUUUUCAUGAGAAUUAAGCACAUUUUCUCCGCAUAUUCUCAUUCCGUUUUACUUUUGUAGUUUUCUUGUAAUCCUCGUUGUUCUCAAUAAGGUUUCUCAUCCAUUCAAUUCUCAAAAGAAAUACUGAAAAACUAUUUUAAAUGGCUACAAGGCAGUUUAUCAAGUACUAUCAUAGUGUUUAAAUGCUUUAGAUUUGAAAUAUUUUUCACAUCACUGUAAUCAGAAUUUUUAGGAACAUUGUGCUUAAUUUUAAUGACAAUCUUAAUGCUUCUACACAAAACAAAUGUAAAUUUCGUUUUAUAAAAUUGCAUCAGUUUGAAUAAAAAAUUAAUUAUAUUUGAAUAUUUUAUCAAUUUAAUUUAGUUAAUUUCACAAUUUGUAAAAUGUGUAAAUCUUAAAUGGGCAAAUCUUGAAAUAUAAUUGAGUAUAAUAGGCUUAAUUUUCAUAUUUCAAUAUUUAUUUUAUUUUUAUGAUUGAUCAAAUUUUCAAAUUGAAUUAAACCCCUUUUUUUUAAAUCAAAAUAAAUAUACAAGUUUACUAUAUAACUUUUAUUAAUUACAUUUUCUUACAAAUGUCACAAUUCGAAUUGAUGCAAUUUUGUUAUAAAAUGUAAAUGUGUUCUCAUAGGCUAUUUUUUGUAUAACUGAGUAUAAUAAGCUUCAUUUUCAUUUCAGUAUUUCUUUCUUUUGAUUUUAGGAUCAAAUGACAGA